GGGAUCUGGGGAAGGCAUUGAGUACUCAUAUCAAGACUGACGCCAUAUUGGGUUAUUUCUGUCGCUAUAUACAUGUCCGCAUGCAAUAAGUCUGGUCUAUAACUGUACCUGCAUGCUUGAUUGUUUGGACGCAGCAGCAAUUGUACCUGCAUCAGAUCCGCCGUUUUCUCCAUCCAGACCGUGGCUGCUGCAUCAUAGUAUCAGACGGACCCUUUUCUUUUCUCAUCCUAAUAAUCUGAAAAUCAAGACAAAUCUGAAAUUUAAGUCCAGGAUUUCCUUUUCAGAAGCUGUAACAAUCAUCAGCUGUACGGAGCACAUGGCCAACGAUGAGGCCCUGCAAGUUGCAGUAGCCAGUAGACAUUUCAGGCCGUGCAGCACGAGACAUGUAUGGUAUCACGGUUGGACAAGCACGCUGACAGGAUCCAUGGUUGCAGAAAAUCAAUUGAGCGGGCAUAUGAUGCCCCUAACUACCCGGCGGUUAGUUUAUUGCAUGCGACCCAUCUGCCAGUCCUGCACUGCUGUCCACCUUUCAUUCUUCUUCUCGGUCUCCUCCCCCUCUCUGUUCGCCAGCGACCCGCCGUAUAAAUCUUGCUUCCGCAACUGAUCUGAUCCGAGGCUUCCGUGCUCGGGCUCAUGGAGUUCAAGAGGAAGGAUGUAUGGAGCCUGCUGCUCGUCCUGCUCCUCGGCCAGCUCGUAGCCUUCUCCAUGGCCGCCUCAAGCUUCACCUCCUCCCUCAUCGCCAAUCUUGGAGUUGAUGCACCACUCACACAGUCUUUCUUCGCAUACCUGCUGCUUAACUUAGUUUAUGUACCAAUCGUCCUGCGUCGACGGCAGAAGCUGCAAAUAGCUUGGUACUGGUACCUAGCCCUGGCGUUCAUUGAUGUACAGGGCAACUAUCUUGUUGUGAAGGCAUACCAAUACUCCUACAUCACCAGUGUAACUUUGUUGGAUUGUUGGACUGUUGUAUGGGUCAUCAUACUCACCUGGUACGCACUGGGCACAAGGUAUUCUUUCUUGCAGUUUGUAGGGGCAGGGACAUGUGUGGCAGGGCUUGCCCUUGUGCUCCUUUCGGAUGCAGAAUCAACAGGGGAGCCAGAUCCAAGUAAAAUACCUCUUCUGGGGGAUGCCCUUGUUAUUGCCGGGACAGUUUGUUUUGCAUUUAGUAAUGUUGGGGAGGAAUACUGUGUCAAGAAGAAAGAUCAAGUUGAAGUUGUUGCAAUGCUUGGACUCUUUGGGUUACUUAUCAGUAUGGUUCAGAUACUUGUAUUUGAAAGGAAGAGCCUAGAAGCAGUUACAUGGUCUCCAACAAUGAUAAGUCUCUUUGCAGGAUUUGCAGUGGCAAUCUUCAUAUUCUACACAAUUACUCCUUUUGUUCUAAAGAUGAGUGGAGCAACAUUGUUCAACCUUUCACUAUUGACAUCUGACAUGUGGGCAGUCGCCAUUCGAGUUCUAUUCUACCAUCAACAGAUAAACUGGUUGUACUAUUUAGCAUUCACAGUUGUGGCCGUUGGAUUAAUCAUCUACUCGUUGAAUGAAAAUUCUUCAGACCAUGAAACAGCUGCAAGUGCAGAAGCAGCAGAGCAAUAUCAGCAGCUUCAAAGUGAGGAUAAUUCAACAGGAAGUGGUCAAAAUUCAGGUAUCCAAGAAAGGACACAUAAGGAAGAACUUCACAUCUGCUAGUAGGUCAAUGUAUAAAGACACCUCCUUGUUAAUAGAUAGACCUGUACCCGAUUCUAUAUGGUUAUUAGUGACAACAGAUAUAUGCAGAGGAAACUGUUGCUCAAUUCAUGUAUAGGCACAUGCAUUAUUACCUCAAGUGAAAAAUCAGGAUGUGGGGAUCAGAGUUACUUUU